UCAAUUCUUCGACCGGGAAAGCGGCGGGGCGGGAAGAAGAGCGUGGAUGGUGGCUGCAGGGGGACAGAUCCCGCAGGAACCGUCACCGAGUCGAGUAGUGACGCAAUAAAUAGUUUCGUGGUCGCGCUUGCUCUACAGACAGGAGCGCAGUGAGAUUUCCUCUAAAUUGGCCGGGCACGUCACGCGCUCAGCGAUGAAGUGAACCGCUGGCACCGAGGUCGCGCGCGGGCAAAAGUCCGAGCCCUGCCCCUCUCUUCAAGGCGUACGUUCUUACCGGGCUGUUAAACUGUCACGACUUGCCUUUCGAGGGCUGCCUGGCGAGGCGCGUGCAUGCGCCCAAUAGAGCGAGGGCCGGCAGUUACACCCGCCUGCUUUGCCCCUCCUCAGUGGGAAGCAGGCCGUGCCCCUGUUACUUCGUACCCGCCGUCUCUGAGCACGCCGCGUGGGUAGUAGUUCUUCCCCAGCCUUUUGUCGUGGCCUCUGCUUGGUCCUCCAUUUCUCUAACGCCGUUAGCUUAAGAAACGCGGAGUCAUUGCGCGUCAGGCUCUUUGCCGAUGCUUCGGCCCAAGAGCUGAGCCUUUAAGCGCCGUUCCAGACUUGCUUUGAACUUGGAGGAGGCUCUGUUUCUCUAUGUCUGGGUGUUCUCGCACUUCUGUCAAAUAAUCGGAAUAAUAGUACGCUGCCGCAAUGAGUUGCGAUGAAAACCAUCUGUAAUCAAGGGCUUCUGGCAACGCAACGUGUGUCAUUAUGAGUUUUAUCUCUUUGGCCUGACAAGGGGACACUUCUUCGAAUUUUUUGGCUACUAAGGUUGAUGGUGUUGUGCAACCCUGCUUUGACACAGAAGGCCGAUGGCGCUGCUUUGCUUGUGACUUUGCUUACAUUUGGUCACAUCCUUCAUCUGAGAUUUUGGAUACAUCAUGUCCAAAAUGGGGCCUGCCCGUGUGGGACUUGGUGUGGUAUUGGGAGCAGCAGCUGGGAUAGGUCUCUUCUACUUCUUUUACAAACAAAAGAGGAAAAGGUCUUGGAGAGGGAGCUCCAAAGGUCCUAAUGCAUGGAGUGUGCAGAAUGCUCUAGAAUCUCAGGAAUACACAGAAAUUACACAGUCUCUUAAUCAAGUUCCACUGAAAUCAGGACCAAUAGAAGGUGGUGAUAAUAGCCCACGUACAUCUUUUCUGACACAUGAAGAACAAGCUGAAGUGCUGAACCGUCUGGACUUUGUGCUGAAAAGCAUUAUAGAGCUGCGACAUGAAGUAGAAGAGUUGCGGAAUAGCUUGCAGGGUUUAGCUGGAGAAAUCAUUGGAGAAAUGAGGUCCCAUCUAGAAGAAAGCCAAAAGGCUGUUCGGCGGAAACGCUUUGCAUUUCCCAGAGAAAGGAGUGAUUCUGCAGGAUCCAGCUCCAUAUAUUUCACAGCCAGUUCAGGCACAGUCAAUACAGAUGAUGGUGAAAGUGAAGGAGGCUAUACCACAGCCAACGCAGAGUCUGAUUAUGAUCGGGAAACUGAUAAAGAGAGUGAAGAAGAUGAAAACAGUUGUGAUACAGUGAGGUCUGCGAGGAGGGAUUCUCUGGACUUUGUCAAUGAGGAGGAAGCAACGUUGACCUUUGACUCUGCUGUGGAGGAAGAGCUUGGCCAGUUGCUACAGCAGGCAGAUCAGUUGCACAGUGGGAGUGACCAGGAGAAGAAAGAAGGAUUCCAACUGCUGCUUAACAAUAAACUGGUGUAUAGAGACAAACAGGAUUUCCUUUGGCGUCUGGCUCGAGCCUAUAGCGACAUGUAUGAAAUAACAGACAAUGCAGAUGAGAAGAAAUCAUAUGCAUCUGAUGGAAAAGAGGUGGCAGAAAGUGCUCUGCAGAUGGGAGGUCAGAUUGCAGAGUGUCACCAGUGGUAUGCAGUUCUCUGUGGUCAGUACUCAGAACAUGAAAGUAUACAAAAACGCAUACAAACUGGGCAUGUAUUCAAGAAACAUGUAGACCAAGCAAUCGCUCUGAAACCAGAUGACCCUAAAUCUUUCUAUCUGCUAGGCCGAUGGUGUUACCAGGUCUCUCACUUGGGAUGGUUAGAAAGGAAAACUGCUUCUGCUUUGUAUGAAGAACCUCCUACUGCCAGUCUCCAAGAUGCAUUGCAGAACUUUUUAAAGGUUGAAAACCUGAGUGCUGGUUUUUCAAAAGCAGGCAGGGUAUACAUUGCCAAGUGCUACAAGGAACUGGGAGAUAAUUCUGCAGCUGCUCACUGGUUGACUUUGGCUUCAGAGUUACCUGUUAUCACAAAAGAGGAUUCAGAAAGUAACAAAGAAAUAGAAGAGAUGCUGACAAUUUCAGAAACUUAAGCAACUUCAAAGUUCUCAUCCAUCAUAUAUAUGUGGUCAGAGAAAACUUCAGUGUAAAAGGUUUUAGAAUGACUUUUUUGACAAUCUUGCUUGAGCUUCGUGAACAAGCUGCAGAAUCCAAAAAGAAAAAACAGAUUGCAGCUUUCAGUCCCUCUUCAGUUAUUCAUACUGGCAAGAGAAUUAUGGCCAAAGAUAUGUAAUUCUGCUCCUCACUCUCUUGCUGUUGCAUUAGAUAGGUUCUUUUCUUUAACUGUUCUCAAAGCCGAAUUUAGUAAUUGGUAAGUGGAUUUUUGUGCUUAUUUGAUUUUUGUGUGUGCAGCAGCUGGGUAGUUUUAAGAAAUAUUAAUUGCACAAUUUCUGUAUGGAGAUGGGAUCAGCAUGCCACUUCAUACAUUAGUCCAGUUUUCAUAAAUAAUUACAAAUUAUUCUAGGAAAAUAAGUCAGACUGACAAAUGAUGUUAAUGAUUUUUUGUACUGUUUAAUCAGUAGGCACAUGAUUCCAUUUUCUGAUUUUAACUUAAAUUGUGCUAGUUGACUCUGUGUGCAUAAGUGGUACUUGUGACAUUAUGGUUAAUGGCACAAUUACCAGGUUUAUCGUUCUAGGAAUAAUUUUUGGAAAUGCUUGGGCUUAUACACAGCCUCCCAUUGUACUUAAUUUGGAAUGAAUAAUUUCUGUUUCCAGAGAAAAUCAGUUGUUAUAUGCAGACCAUCAACCAAGCCAGGAUUUCAAGCCAUGUUUUAAUCCUGGUUCAGAGGUAAUAGGUAAGACUGUAGCUUGUGGCUCAGGAUAACCACCAAUGAUGGCUUGUCAUAAAAAAGUAAAUCAUUAAUUUCUGUGUUGUUCGUGAGAGGGGGAGAAGAGAACACAUGAGCUCCAAGGUGUCAAAGGCUUGUUCUCAAUAAUAAGACUAUGGUUUGCUGUUUAUAAAUCAUGCAAUUGUUCACACAUACUGCUUUAUUCAAAAUGGUGGAAUAGCACAACUUUUCCUUAGGCUAGUAGUUAUUAAUAUCCAGCAGAUUAAAGCAUAGCAUUACAUGUAUAAAUGCAAACAGGCUAAUAUUUGAAAGACUACAGUUUUACUUGACCUGCUACAAAUCACUCUGAAAAUACAACAAAGCACAAGCCUAGUUAUCCUUUUGCGUAUUCAUUUAUCUGCGUGUGAACUUUGUUACUCCAUGGGGUGGUCCAUUGCUUAAGCACUGUUCACCAUGAAGGUGUUUGCAUAGAUGGAAUACUUUCCUACCACACUACCAUUUAUCAAAGCAACUGUGAGCAUCCAUCUUCCAAAAGCUUAAUUGUUGUGGAAGCAGCUCAACUGUUUUUAAAUUUCUGUGCUAUAUUUUAAAAAAAGCAUCACUGCCACAAACAUUUAUUAAAAUGUGUUAAGUUCAACAGAUAAAAAGAAGGUAUUUUCUUCAUCUGGAAGUGUUGACAGAAUGCUCCAAGAUUGUUUUAUUCUUUAAAGUACAUUCUGUGCAAACUUCCUACUAGCAUGGUAGCCGCAGGGGGAAAAUAGAGUUCUCACGUUUAACAAAUUGAGUUGUACACUUGGAUCUUGAUGAAAAGGAGCUGGAAUUGAAAUUAUCAGUUUCAGCCUGUUGUAAAACCGACAGUCUGGUGUCCAAGAGCAGUAUGAUUCCAUUUACUAUAUGCCCUAUAGUUUUAAUAGGAACGUAAUAGAACGUUCUCAGUAUCUCAUCUGUUUUUCAAUUCACGAUGGGUUGAUUAUUGCCGCGCGCACAGUACCAUUACUGUUUCUUAUCUGUGAAAUGAGUGUGUUUAAAAAACUGUUUUAACAGAUUUCUGUAAUAAGAAUUUAAUUUAUUCUCCUAAACAUAUUAUCAUGGUAACAUUUUAAUAUUCUGAAAAUUAAAUUUGAAGAGAGUUGCCAUUGUCCAAAUAUUUCCUAUUACAUAGUUUCCCAUUUCUUAAUUCACUUAAUAAUAAUAUUAUUAUAAUAUUUGAUUUAUAUACCUCCCUUCAGGUUGACUUAACACCCACUCAGAGCAGAUUACAAAGUAUAUCAUUAUUGUCCCCACAACAACAAACACUCUGUGAGAUGGGUGGAGCUGGGAGAGCUCCUAGAAGCUGUGACUGACCCAAGGUCACCCAGCUGGCUUCAAGUGGAGGAGUGAGGAAUCAAACCUGGUUCUCCAGAUUAGAGUCCUGCGCUCUUAACCACUACACCAAACUGGCUCUCAGACUUUUAGACUACCUUCUCAAACACUUCCCAGUAAUUCCAGAGGAAUAGCCAUGUUAGUCUCUUGCAGAAAAAAACAGAAGAGUCUGUGAUGAUUUAAAAACUAGCAAAAUGUUAUUCUACCAUGUGUUGUUGUGGACCUGAGCCCACUUCUUCAAAUGAAAUGAAUGUAGAAUCUUUUCCUCAAUAUAUAGAUAGAAAAUGUCUGCAUACUGAGGAUUCAGUUAUUGCAUCUGAAGAAGCAAGCUUUAGUCCAUGAGAACUUAUGCUGGAAUAAAAUUUUAUUAGUCUUUAAGGUGACACAAUAUUAUAACUUGCUUAGGACUUUUAUAAAUGAAUUAGAUAGAGAUACUUGUUUUACUAUUAUAGGGUUUCAGUCCACCAAGAUGAUGCCUUUUGCAACCUCCAGUCCAUACAUUCCAUGCCAUCCAUUUGCUUCAGUAUUAAAUGAUUCAGGAAAAACCCCUAGUGUCCUACUGUAUGUACUUCACUUUGUACCAUAAUAUAAUGGAGUUUGCAGAGAAGUGACCUGUUUUUUUAAGUUUGAGAUUUACUAAUAUUUUUAUUUGGUAUUUGAAAUACAAGCUUUGAAUAAUUUUAAAAUACAUUUUUAAGCUUCAUAGUUCAUGGGCAUAUUUAUUGGUAAUGCUCAAUAUUUUUCAGUUCAGAUUAUGUAUAAAAAUUUUGUUUGUUAUUUAGAAAUUGCAGUACUGACUAGAAUUUGCCUGAGUUCCAAGUGUGCAGAUUCAUGCGCUUUCCUGUUAAUGCUAGUGAAGCCAGUUGAAGCUGUAAUGAUUAUGCCUUGAAAGGGAGUUUUGAGGCCCAUAUCUUCCCUUUUAGAAGAACUGGCAUAUCUGGUAAACAAUUUUUCAAGUGCCUCUGCAGUAUCUGACCAAAUUCUGGCUCUGCUCGGGCAAUAUUGUGUGUUAAAAAAUUAGUUAGAAGUUAGUUCUCCAGUAGUCAAAGAAUAGAUGAUGUGAAAUCAGUUCUAGUUCAUAGAAAUAAAUUAUUAGUUUUACAGAAAUCUUGAGAGUUUUAGCACGGGCAAAAUUUAGUUAAAUGCUCAAGAUACAUGUGUUAAUUAUUAGAGACCAAAAUAUUUUCUGUAGAUACUAUUUUUAAAAUGUCUACAGGAAAUGGAGAAAAGUAAAUGAGAGGCACUUUGGAGUUUGUGUGUUUCUCCUUUAGGCAUUCCAUGAGUUCUUGAUGAUGGCCUUAACUGUUCUAAUCUUUACCAUAAUUACCCCUUUUCUGGUUUUAAUUUCUUAAUUUCCCAUUUGUGAUAUAUUUUGAGUCCAUCAAGAAUUUAUAUUGCAAAUAUUUCUUUAUUUUAAUGUUCAUUGGAUAUUUGAAUUCAGUUGUUCUAGUUAUGCUUCAGCAAAGAAAUGGCACUGAAUACAUGAGGAAAGAGCUUCUUCAGCAAGCUCUCCUAAUAUCAGUUCUUGAUCAAAGGGCAGGUAAUAUGUUUUUUAUAGAGUCAAGCUGGAGUCUUCUAGGUGAAAUUGCGCACACAGUCAGUUUUGGUACCUGGAGAACAAUGAUUGGUGGUGUGCUUCUGCAUGAUUUGGUUCAAGACAGGGUUGGAUAAUGUGUGUCCCACUGCAUGCAUUCUGAAUCCCAUGAAGACUUUUCUGUAGGGGGAAAAUCCCCUCUCCUGUAAUGGGCUCAAAGGUGAGUUGCUUAAUGGCAGCAGGAUCAGGUUAUGCUGCCUAGGAGGAAGAGGCCAUGGUGAGCUGUAUGUGAUCCUUGGGGUAUGUGUUUUUAAUUUAAGGAAUUGGAGGGAAGAGCUUUCCUACAACCUUUUUCAGUGUUUCUUGUUCAGGAGACUGAGAGCACUAAUAACAUUGAAUAAUGCACUGAAAAUACAAUGUAAAAGAUAUUCUGACUGAUUGCUGAGACAGUAAACCUGAGAUUAUGAAGAAAAAUCAUCUUUGAACAAGGAUGUUUCAGGAAGAGUUUGCCCUUUUUACAGAGGGGUGAAAAUAAAUGUUUCUUUUCAAUUGCAUAUGUUUUGCUUACUAACUGUGAAUGUAAUGAAUGAAAAUUCUUUUAAGAAUGCACUGUAAUCCUCUCAGAGGGGCAUGAGGCACUGAAUAGGAGCAAAAGGUAGUUGAAGAAAACACAUUGCAUUAUUGACAGCAGGAGACCUCCAGAAUUUGUUACUGGAGACAAAAGAUCAUUGUAUUUUUCUGUAACAGAACUUCUUGGUUUUUAAAAACAAAAUGUGACAAAUUAAUGUAAGAAUUAAUUCUCAAACUGCAUUAUGUUAACUUCAAUUUUAUUUGAAAUAAAAGU